CAGCCCCUCUUGGUCUCAUACGAUCCACGUACACAGAAGCCCUUGGAACCCUCGACCGGACGCAUAUUACCCUUCCCAUGAAAUAAACAAAAUGUAUAGGCUAGUUUCAGUUGUGAAACUUGGCAGCAAACGGCUCACGCCAUUGGCUUUUUGGAAUUCUGCAUUUUUUGAUCGCACUAUUAGUAGGCAUAUAGCUGCCGGGUGUGCAAACUUUCAUGUGAGCUUUUUGCAUGGGAAUUUCUGGCCGCACCCGCUGGCGUUGAAUAAAUCACAUUUUCACUGGACGUCUUCUACACAUGCGACUAAUAGCAACCGAUUUGGUGACUCGCACAAUGAGGGCGAUUCUGAUGCUCCUCCAUCGUCUACUCCAGAUUCAACCACACCCCCAUCUCCACCACCCGAUUCUCCGCCUGAUCAACUAGCUUUGUCAACCCAGAACAUUCCUGAAAAUUACCCUGUGGUCCCCAUCAUUGCCGUCACUGGUGCCCCAUUAUUCCCCAAAUUCGUAAAAAUGAUCGAAAUUACCGAUGCAAAGUUGAUGAGCUUACUGCGCCGGAAAAUCAAACUAAACGCCCCGUACGCCGGAGUGUUCUUAAAAAAGUCGUCGGCAGACCAAUCGGAUGUGGUCAAGUCCCUGGAUGAAUUACAUCGUAUUGGGACCUUCGUUCAAAUUCCCGAAUGGGAUGACCUUGGCCAGAAAAUUCGCAUGCUUGUCAUUGGCCAUCGUCGCAUUCAGUUAGUACGCCAAGUUGACGAGAACGCUACUUCUUCGAGUGACGGCCUCACUGGGUCAUUGUUCAGGAAUAAGCGCAACAGCAUUGUUCGCCGUGCUAAACGCGUAGCAUCUUCAUUCGCCGUUCAUGAUCGGGGAGAUGUCUCUUCCACCACUACGCCAGAUUCUGCUGACUCACCGAUUGACCCGAUCCAUCCCGACAAUGGGCCUCUCCUACCGUCUCCCGUCUUAGUCGCUGAAACGGUCAAUGUAUAUCACGAUCCUUACGAACUGACGCAGGAGAUAAAAGCUUUAAGCGCUGAGAUCGUCAAAACUAUCCGUGAUAUCAUCCAUUUGAACCCGGUUUAUCGAGAGAACGUCCUUGCUAUGCUCCAAGCUGGUCAACGGGUUGCGGACAAUCCGGUCUAUCUUAGCGAUCUUGGAGCUGCCCUAAGCGGUGCUGGUGACCCGGAAGAACUGCAGGCGGUUUUGGAGGAGCAAGAUAUCCGAAAUCGACUUCGGUUGUCCUUGAAUCUGGUCAAGAAAGAAUUUGAGCUGGGUCGUCUACAACACCAAAUCGGGCGCGAAGUAGAAGAGAAGGUGAAACAGCAACAUCGUCGUUACAUGCUCACUGAGCAACUCAAGGUGAUCAAACGCGAGUUAGGUCUGGAAAAAGAUGACAAAGACACAAUUGUCGACAAGUUUCGGUUGCGCCUCAAGGAUCUGACUGUUCCUCCUGCUGUUAUGGAAGUUAUUGAUGAAGAAUUGAAUAAACUUAGCGUUUUGGACAACCACUCCUCCGAGUUCAACGUAACCCGUAACUACUUAGACUGGUUGACUACCCUACCUUGGGGUGUGACGAGCGAAGAACACCUCGACUUGGCCUCUGCUCGUCAGAUCCUAGACGAAGAUCACUAUGGAAUGGAAGAUGUGAAGAAACGCAUUUUGGAGUUUAUUGCUGUUAGUCAACUCAAAGGCACCACUCAAGGAAAAAUCCUAUGCUUUUACGGCCCCCCUGGAGUUGGCAAAACAAGUAUAGCCCGAUCAAUUGCCCGUGCUUUGAAUCGAAAGUAUUUCCGAUUCUCCGUCGGUGGUAUGUCGGAUGUUUCAGAAAUCAAAGGGCACCGUCGUACUUAUGUGGGUGCGAUGCCUGGUAAGAUUAUACAGUGUUUAAAGAAAACGAAGACAGAAAAUCCUCUCAUUCUCAUAGAUGAGGUGGAUAAACUCGGCCGCGGUUGGCAAGGUGAUCCAGCUAGCGCACUUCUGGAGCUGCUGGAUCCUGAGCAAAAUGCCAAUUUCUUGGAUCAUUAUUUGGACGUAACCGUAGACUUGAGCCGUGUGCUAUUUAUUACUACAGCAAAUCAGUUGGAUACCAUACCUGAACCACUUCGAGACCGUAUGGAAAUGAUCGAAGUUUCUGGCUAUGUUGAGGAUGAGAAGUUGGAAAUCGCUCGGCGUUACUUGCUGCCCCAAGCGUCCGACCAAUGUGGCCUGACAACCGAUCGGAUGAUUAUCGACAGUGCUGCUCUGGUCCGCUUAAUCAAGCAAUACUGUCGAGAGAGUGGAGUUCGGAAUCUACAGAAGCACAUUGAAAAGAUCGUUCGCAAAGUCGCAUAUCAAUUGGUAAAUGUAGAAAAAGAGCCCCCGAUCCAUGUGACGUCAGAGAAUAUGAAUUCCUACGUUGGCCAUCCUGUAUGGAUUACCGAUCGACUUUAUGAACGUGACACUCCUCCCGGUGUGGUUAUGGGUUUAGCUUGGACAUCCAUGGGUGGAUCUGUGCUCUACGUAGAGUGCACGAGCAAAGCACCGUUUCCGGAACACCCUACAGAAAGUGAGACCCCUCCCGGGACCUCUUCCGAUUCGGAAGAGUCUGAACCAUCUGCUGUCCGCAAAGGUAGUCUCCAACUAACCGGAAGCCUUGGGAAUGUCAUGAAAGAAUCUGUCGCUAUCGCACACACUUUUGCUGGCUUGUUUGCUUUCUCCGGUGCCCCGUGUCCUUUCGCUGACGGCACAAUAAAGAAUAUGCUCAACGCCGAUGAAGCGAAGUCGGCAGGCGAAUUUCUACGCCAUGCUGAGCUACAUUUACAUGUUCCUCAAGGCGCAACUCCCAAAGAUGGGCCCUCGGCUGGCAUCACUAUGGUUACCGCCUUGUUAAGUUUGGCUUGCAACAAACCGGUUCGACCCGAUUUGGCUAUGACGGGCGAAGUCAGUCUAACUGGCAAAGUCCUUCAAGUCGGCGGGAUAAAAGAGAAAGUGCUUGCGGCCAAACGUGGCGGACUAACGUGUAUCAUUUUGCCUGAAACGAACCGCAAAGAUUUUGAUGAUCUGCCAGAGUUCAUUCGUGAAAAAUUGGAAGUUCAUUUCGUGAACCAUUACAAUGAGGUGUUCCCCGUGGCCUUUCCCUGAUUUUCAUAAGCUCGCGCACAUGCAGAUACACAACACCCAUACAAUUGCCCUUUCACGGAUGUUUUUCUACAAAACCCAUCACUAUCACCCUACCACAGUCACCUAGUCACUCCGGUGUGUCUGGGAGAUUUCCCAAUCGAUACAAUACAAUAUUUUGGCACCCUCUGAUCUCCAUUUUUCAUUCCGAUGUGUUCCUCCGUGUUCAUUGUCGUUUAGAUUAUUUGAUCUGUCAAACGCUUGAGAUUUUCUGUACGACCUCCUCAUUUUGUCACCCCAACUGUUUACCUCGCCACUUUCAUCGGCUGACCCGCCUCUUCACUCGGUACAGAGUAUGCAGCAGAAACGUAUAUAACCUUAAUUUCUGUUUCUCAUUAUGUGCACGGUGACACUGUUUUAACCGUCUAUUGGUGACCCCUACUCCGAUCUGGGAAUAAGUUCGUGAUUUGGCUUUCUCUCCUACCGUCCAUUAUUCCACUUCACUGCACUGGCACGUGAUCCUUUUAGCUCGUUUAUGUUGUACGGCGGCUUCCGUCGACUGAUUAUUGUCAACAGUCUCUUACACCACAGUGGUGUCUUCCACCUCCACCGAAUGAUGGCCAACCACAUGCUGUUGACCCUUGCCCACAACUUUUUCCUCUUUUGGGCAUCGACCACUAGCCCCUCUAUAAACCCCCCUUAGUCUCAGAUGUCGAUCCACUGCUUUAUUGUUGUCAUCACCUUGAUAUAAGUCAUUUGAUGGACUGAUCAUGUUCAACAAAGGCGAUCGUGAUUCACCAUGUCGCAUCUCCCCUUCGAUUGCUGUACUGGUCUGUAAUGGGGAUUUCAAGGCCUCUUCUCAACCUACACCAUUUUACUAGCUUCCUCUACUUUUACCUGAGCAGAUCAUCUUUUGCUUCCGACGACUGGUUGUCUCUAGUUCUUUCGUAUAAACAAUCCCUUUGCUGCCGCGU